AUGCUCCGACAACUUUUACUUCUGCUUUUACUUGGAUUCUUACCAACGACAGCUUCUGGAUGGUGGUACGUCUUUUUUUUUUUUACGAAGUAGUCUAUUUAAUAAAUACUUUCUAUGUUGAAAAACGAAAAACUCUUCCAGUAAGUCACGGAAAUUGAUACGGAUGAAAAGGAGAUUAGAUAUAAAAUAUAAUGUUGUUUUUUAUCUUUAAGUAAGACUAUAAUUUUGAAGAUAACUUUAAAAAAUAGGCCAACUUCCCAAUUUAUUUCCAAGAAAUUGUAUGGUUCUUACAGAUAGGAAAUUAUUUUUUUAUUCAUUUUUUUCUAACCAAUUGUCUUUUUUUGGGAUUGACCUAUAUAGUUUUUUUUCUCUCUCUUAUAGUUUUUUGAAUUUGUUUGAAUUAAUGAUCUAUACUUACGAAGAUUUCUCAUUGUAGUUUUGAUUUUGAUGAUCUUGGGAAUUUUUGCUGUGAGUGCCAGAGGACACGACUUUUUUUUUACGCAAACCAAUUACGGGUCAAGAUUAUUGGAGCCGAGAUCGAGGUGUUAAUGAGCCGAGCGUGUACUAUACCAGUGGCUCAAAUCCACUUGAGUUCCUUGGGAAUUUCCUGUUGGCCAGAAUGUUUUCGUUCUUCUGAAAUAAAAACUCUAUCGGCUUUAUUUUCGAUUUUGACCAAAAAAAAAAGUCAUCUAUCGGCAUAUCUGGGGAAAUCUGUAAAUUGUGUGGGACUUUCGGUGUUUGAAAAAUAAAUUUAAAAAAAAAAUUUUUCCGAAGUUCACAAAAUUCCAUUUAUAGUUUUGUAUUUUUGCUCGGUUUUUUUGAUUAGUUCACCUUCAAAAGCUUUUAUAACGCGUUUUUCUUCCUAAGGUUGUCCUGUGGCCUGGAACUAGGAACAAAUUAAAAAGCUCUCUCAUUUUUAAUCAGAUCCUAAGUUUUCAUUUUCCAUAUUGAAUCCAACAAUUUAGAUUUUUGAGAUUAUCCGAAAAUAGUUUUAGGAAAGAAGUAAUAUUAACUUCUGUCCCACAAAAAGGAUUAGGCAUAGCCUGUUAAAAUUUUGAAUGUCAAUUCUUCGCUCAAGCUCCACCAUUUAACGGGACCAUAAACUAGCGAGCAAUCCACAGAGAUUUUUCGAAUGACGUGAUUCUAACUGACCUUUGAAAUCUGAACAUACUAUGAUUUUCUAUUUCAUUUUCUCCAAAGAAUUUAAUUGUGAAUAUGUACGUCUGAAUAUUUUCUAACUGAAAAUGGAGGCCUACUGGUUGAUUAGCAAGAUCAUUUUGCGAUUGAAUUUUUCAAAAGCCAUUUUUUUCAACUAGUGAAGUUAUACGGCUUCAGAAAAAUCUGUUCAAUUUUCAAAAAGAAGGAGGUUCUUCUUUCGAGAAUAGUACAGUUUUUUCUAUCCGCCAUUGUUUCCCACAACGGCAAAAAACGUACCGGCGGAAAAGGCUAUUGUUGCUGCCGACGGCCGUUGUUUUGGUCAGUAUCGGCGAAAAGAAAAAAAAGGUUCGGUUCUGUAUGGCUCGAGAGCCAUUUAGGGUGAUAGUUUACGACAGGCGGCGACCGCUGACCGUUUUUAUGACCAGCGCGGCUCUUUUCUCGUUGCGCCGUGUGCUUCUAUGGGUUAUAUGGGUUUCUGGGAAUCGCUCGCAAAUGGGAUACUGUACGACACUGAUUUAGAAUGAAAUGACUACACGGAAAUAUAUUUGCCCCUUUUUUGACAAAUUCUCCAUCUGCGUCGACUAUUGCUGCUCCGUUGAAAAUCUCGUUGAUUUUGGUGUUAUCGAAGAAAAAAAUAUCAAGUCUUAACAAUAAGUCCUUUCGAAGAAUUCAGAUCAGUUUAUUUAAUCUUCAGAGCAGAUUUACUGCUGAAAUAUUGAAAAAAUGAAGAGUCUGCAUGAUCGUGCUGACCAACAAUGGCCCGUAGAUCAUCUCGCCUUUUUUGUGAUAGUAGCAGCUAUGAGUGUUUUAACGAUCAUCUGCUCCUUCACGUGGGAGCAGUACGGCUUCUCCUAAGCUCGUCCAAGACGCUUUUAAUUACUUUUUUUUUGAUUUCAAGUUUAUAAAACUUUUCAACGUUCUUUGCCGGUUUCAGGCUCCUAUCCAAAGCCGAUGAGACUAGACUCGCACGGCACGCAUCAGCUUGCAACGCCGUACCUGGCCUUUCGCAAAAGCAGCGAGAACUUUGCACCCGACAUCCCAAUUUGAUAAAAUAUCUGGUUUGUCUAUUUUAUUUUGGAUUUAUCAUUUUUUCAUAGGCUCAAACAAUUCCAAAAGUUGAGCAAUUAAAAGAAAAUAGGAUGUUCUUUCAGGUGUCUGGACUUCGAUUGGCUCUGAAUGAAUGCCAAGAAUCGUUCCGACACAAUGUUUGGAACUGUACCCUGGCUUUGCCGGGCGUUGGAACUUCCCCUUUGAAAGGUUUUCAUCCCAAAUUAUUGUUUUCUAUUUCCGCUUUGUACAAACACACUAAGUGAACAACUAAAAAUGUGGUACAUACAGUACUUUUCAAGAAUGGGAUUCUUCUUUCUAUCGUAUCGUCAAGCAUUCAUAUAAAAACGCGUUGGAAAAUUAUUCGAUACGUAAUCCGUUAAGAUCGAAGACUAAUAAGUAAAAAAUUCAGAAAACUUUGACGCUCACUGAAUUUGCAAAUUACCAACAAUUUUCUAGUGGCAUCUCGAGAAUCAGCAUACGUUUACGCUAUCGCUUCAGCUGGUGUGAGUCAUUCGCUGGCCCGCGCUUGCUCCAAGGUUUGCUUAUUUAUUUCAUUUCCUUUCAUUCCUUCCGAGGUCACAUACAUAUAUUGAAUGAAUGCCAAGAAAAUAACGCCUUGUAGGGUCUUAUCGACGAGUGCGGUUGCGGCGGAACUCCUCGCGGAGGUACUAAAGAGUUCACUUGGGCCGGGUGUUCUGAUAACGUCCGCUUCGGCAACUCGUUCGGCCGAAAGUUCAUGGAUGUGACUGAAAAACAACAUGCUGAUGCUAGGUUUGAAAUUAUGACGAAAACAAAAAAGAACCUUUCAGAUUCGACAUGUUCGUUUUAGGAAGAUUGAACGAUUCUAAACUUUGAAAAGCUCGGGUAGUAAGGAAAAGUUUCGAUUAAUAAAAUUUUCCAUUUUUUUUUAAUAUUCAGCCCGUCCGGAUUUUUCACACCGUUAGUUUUUGAGCGUACACCAAUCGCGAUUUUUGGACGUUCUUUUAGUUAAUAAUGAGUUUUUUGUACCAAAAAGUAGGCGAAUUAGAAAAAAAUAGAACGUUCAAAGAUACAAAUUUAGUUUUAACAAUCAAGUUUUUGCAUACGCCAGCAAGUCUAAAAAAAAGCCUAAUUCGAGAAAUACGACUUUAGUAAGUAAAAAGUCGUAUUUUCUGUAAUUUUUCAUAUAUUAAUGUCGAAAAUAGCCUUUUUCAUUUUAUUGAAUAGAGAAAAUGGUCUAGUAUGGCCAGCGAAGACGGCGCAGUGGACGCAAACUGCAAACUGGACGGGACCCUGUAGGUCUGAACUGGUGUGACUGGAAAAGAGUGGAUAAAAAAAUAAGCGGAAUCUGAUUAUAAAAAAAUGUAUUUAUAAGAAGAGUUUAUGAAAUGCUUUGAAAUUUGAAAGAGGCAGUAGAGAAAAAAAUUUUUUUAUUUGUUAUUCAGACAGGGUUUCAGAGCGCUGAUGAACUUGCACAAUAACCGAGUGGGUCGUCGUCUCCUCGCAAGUUCCCUGAGCAAAGAGUGCAAGUGCCACGGCGUCAGUGGCAGUUGCGUUACCAAAACGUGCUGGAAGAUCGUGCCCAAGUAAAUUUUUAUCACUUGAUCCCAAAUCAUGAAAGAAACUCUUUGAAUUUAAAUUAGGUUUUCUUCAAGGCUCAGCCAUAGAACUGUUUUAUUUAUAGGAGCGUAAUCAUUUUUCAGUUCUUUUCGCUCGGCUUGUAAUAGCAAUUUGCGGCAUUUGCGGUCUUUCUCAUUUUAAGAUUUUGCUCAAAUUUCUUGGUGAAGAUAAUAAUUAUUAAUAUCUAAUUUCAUGAAAGAUUUUCGCUUAUUCGAUAAUUUUUAAGUGGGCGCCAAAAAGCACCGUAACUUUUUUUGAUUCACUCGAAAAAAAAACUAUUCUAGACGGUUCUAUCAACAAAAACGCAUUUUCAGGUUCAACGACUUCGCCAAAAGGCUCAAUGAAAAGUACGAAAUCGCACACCAAGUUAGUUGUGAUUAAAAGGAAGUAUGACACGAUAAUUUUGAGGUUACGGUAACCGGUCCAAGCGCCCAACUUAUCUUGCGGCCCGAACCUACGCCUGGAGGCCGCACCGAACGUUAUUUGAAACAUCGCGAAACUAAUGAGGUGAUUUUGCUUUAUAUGACGAUAUAUUGUUUGUUGAGCGAUGUUUUUUUUUCAAAAUUGAAUUUACAUUCCGUAGACUACAAAGAAAAUAGCCUUUUUGAUUGAAUUUUAACAAAGACCGCUCUCGAGAUCUAGUUUUUCGUACUUUUUAUGUUGGACUUCCUUGUAUGGAAACAAAAUUUUUUUGAUCUCGCAUUGAGCGAGGUGGCGCGUCACUGAAAAGAACUUUUUUCAGAUGAGCGACUUGAAUACCGUCAAAAACGACUUGAUCUUCUUUGACGCCUCGCCCAACUACUGCGCAAUUGACGUCAAAGACCGCGAAUGUGGCUCCGAGUGUGGGAACAUCUGCUGCGGCCGCGGCUGGAGAACGAUCCGCGAAGUCGUCGACGAGCCCUGCCACUGUCAGUUUGUGUGGUGCUGCGAGGUCAAGUGCAAGACGUGCAAGCGAGUCGUCGAACGCAACUAUUGUAUAUAA